AGGGUGUUUUGGUUUAAUAUUUGCUCUGGAGAGAAAGAUAUAUACAAGUGAGUGUUUUUAGAGAGAGAAAGAUUAGAGAGAGAGAAUGGAGGAGCAACUAAGCCAAUCAACUAUAACUCAUCUCCUUCAACACACAUUGAGAAGCUUUUGCAUCCAUGAAAACUCACAGUGGGUGUAUGCUGUUUUUUGGAGGAUCUUGCCUAGAAAUUAUCCUCCUCCUAAAUGGGAUACUCAAGGUGGAGCAUAUGAUAGGUCAAGAGGCAACAGAAGAAACUGGAUAUUGGCAUGGGAGGAUGGUUUCUGUAAUUUUGCAGCCUCAACAGCCGGAGAGAUGAGCUCCGGCGACCGUCUGGCAUAUCCAAACCACGAAUACCAACAAUCGCAAGGCCUUCAACCGGAGCUUUUCUUCAAGAUGUCCCAUGAAAUCUACAAUUACGGAGAAGGAUUAAUUGGGAAAGUAGCAGCAGAUCAUAGUCAUAAGUGGAUUUUUAAAGAGCCAAGUGAUCAAGAAAAUAGCUUUUUAUCUGCUUGGAAUAACUCAGCAGACUCGCAUCCUAGGACAUGGGAGGCUCAGUUUCAAGCUGGUAUAAAGACUAUUGCUUUGAUUGCUGUAAGAGAAGGUGUUAUUCAACUGGGAUCCAUUAACAAGGUGAUAGAAGAUUUGAACUUUGUUGUGAUGCUAAGAAAGAAACUAAGCUACAUAGAGAGCAUCCCAGGGGUACUAUUACCACACCCAUCAUCCUCAUUGUACCCUUUUAAACCAGAAGGGUGCAACAUGCUAGAAGCAUGGCCAUUCCAUGGCGGCAGCGGCGGUGGUGAUUUACAAGCAGUUUACAUUCCACCAACCAACAUAACUCCUUCCAUGAGCAGUCUUGAGGCUCUCCUAUCAAAACUCCCAUCAGUCGUGCCGGUUUCUUCAUCAACGCUACCAGCUCCACCAUAUUGCGAGGCGACACAACCACAGUUUGUGGCGGUUGAACCGGAGAAGGAGGUGGUAAAGGAGGGGGAUGAAGAGGAGGAGGAGGUUAAAGAUGUGGGAGAGUGCAGCAGUUCUAUGUCAUCUUAUGGUCAUCACCAUCAGCAUUUUCAACAUCAUGAUUUAAAUGUAAGUAGUUGCAUGACCAAUAAUAGGUAUUAGUUACUUAUAUGUAGUUGAAUUAGUUGAUAAUUACUAGUGCUUAAUUAUGUAUGUAGUAGUUCUAACUAAUCAUAUAUUAAUUAGCAUGUCUUUUUUCAUA